GAUCUGGCGCACGAGCCGGUUCGAAGUAGGUAAUGUAAAGGCCCUUUCGCUGCUUGCGCGCCGCAACCGAUUUUGUUGGAAGGUUGUGCCUCGCCUCCUUCAACCUCGAAUUUUAUUUUCUUACUUUGCGCGCUGCUCUGAAUGUCAAAGGGAAGCUGGAGGUUGAGACCAGAUUUUUAUCGAUACUGGCCCAGCAAUGGACGCGAAAGACAAAGCUAGUGUACCGGCACCUUCGUGGCCUGGAGCGUUUGAUGCACCCGAUGAUCAGAUCAACCCAGUCAAAGCGCCGCCGUUCUCAGAACAGAUUCUCAAAAAUGCGACUUCAGUACCGCCCGUAUACGGAAAGGAGGAUGAAGCUUCCAGAGCGAAUCAUAUUGAGAAUGUUGACGAAGUAGUGGUUGCCGCAGACGAGACAAACGUGGCUGACCACAAGGCCACAAAAGAAACAAGAAAGCAGAGAAUAAGGCGGCAUUGCAUGAGGUAUUGGAUAUGCUACCUCAUCGGAAAUAUUAUUCUACUUGCAAUCAUGCUUCCAAUCCUUUUUCUCGUCAUUUUCCCUGCUAUCGCCCAGGACCUUGUUAACAAGCAGGCACUGCAGCUUCACUAUGCAGAAUUGGUUGAUCCUGCACCUCAGCAAAUGACAUUCGCCCUCAACUCAUCCAUCACUGUUCCGAAACCGUUCACCGUCGUAUUGGAUAAGCUUAAUCUGAGCCUAUUCAUUCGCUCAUACAAGCCCGAAACUCCCUUUGUAUACCUUGAGCUUCCUCAAAAUAAGCUGCAUGGAAAUGCGACGAUCGAUCUCGCACCUCAACGAGCAAAUAUCGUCAACAGUCAACAGUGGCUCAAGUUCUUGAACGACUCCGUGUAUAAUGAAACGAUUACCUUGUCGGCGAAAGGAAGUUCUAUGGGCCACUUUGGCGCGCUGAAGGCUAAGCUUGAGCUUGAUAAGGAUGUCCAAAUUAACGGGCUAAACCAACUCAAGGGAUUCGGAGUGGAGAGUGCCCAGCUUCUAAUUCCAGCAACCACAUCUGGCUAUAAUCUCAAGUCAACUCUACAGCUUCCCAAUCACUCACCGGUGAUGUUUACACUAGGAAACCAAUCGUUCAGCUUGAAGAUCGGCACAGUAGUCGUAGGAUCAGGGACGAUCUUUGAUCUCACUCUAGUCCCCAACAAUAACACGGCAACACUUUGGGGUAACCUAGAUUUCGGAGCCGUGAUUGAAAACCUUGAAUACAUUCUAAAUACCUCCGCAUCGGCCCUUGCCGCAGGCAAUCUGCGACUUUGGACAGUUGGUACCACGACGAUAUACAACGGGCAAAAUAUCCCAUAUUAUGAACAAAUUCUUCAGGGCCUCGUCUUGCAGGCCGACAUUCCGAUCACCACUCUCCUGGUUGGGUCGCUGGGAGGCUAUCUGAAUGGAAGUGCAGCUGGUCUGCAAAACAUUGUGGACACUAUACCCGCAGCUUUACUGAACGGCUCCAUUUCGGUAAGCAAACUUCAAACAGCUUUACAACAAGCCUACAACAACGGCACGGGAUCGAUCGCGAAUAUCACAAGCGCGAUUGGUACCGUUUUUACAGAAGCUGGACAGCUUGACAUCGGUGGUCUCUUCACGGCAAUCGGAAAUGCGGCAACAGCAGUCACAGAUGGCGUAGCCACCGUAGGAGAAAUUGCCAAUGGUGUCGGCUCUGCGCUGAGCAGCGGAGUCUCGACAUUAAGCGGCAUCAUCUCAGCCCUCAACUUGUCGGCUUUGAUUCCCACAGCCCAGGCGGGCCCCACUUGAUGAAGUUAGGAUAUCUUUUUUUUUUUAAUUCUUGUUUAGAUAGCAAUAGUGCCAGCGAAAGCACAACCCUCCGGAUCCCGGGCUCGUCUUACGGGAUCAUCGCUGCCACAGCUUCGACUAAAGGGACUUAUGUCCUAUUUCUACAGCUGCGAUUCUUACUUUCGCAGCGGCCGCUCUUUGAGCUUCAUGUGAUAAUACUGAAGACCGAAUUCGUCCCGGUUUGAAAUAUGUCGCUGUAUUCUCCGGACGGAAAUUAUGAAUUUUCCCGUUCAGGACUCGCCAAAAGCUUGGAAAAGAUGCGCAUCCUUGAAUACGGAUGAAGGAAGCAACUGCUUAG